GAUCUAGAAUCUAGAUUCUACUUUGUCUAGUUGAUGUCGAUCGAUUCUCUGUCUUAAAGAGUGUCUUCUUGUCAUGAAAACACAGAAACCAUAUUAAGGCAGAAUGAUAUUAAACAAGUUUUACGUUUCACCAGUCAGCAAAUUAUCAAAGCACGAUUCCCAUAUCAUGAUAUUUUGCAAUGGAUGAGUGAGUACUAAGAACUGCAAAGACAAUGGGCUAUGUGACUGUAAACUAUCAUCACAUUAACAUUCCAAGUACAAGAUGGAUUUCAAAUUUUGUAUUAAUCAGUUAUAUAAAGUGCCUUCUUCUCACCAGCGUGCCAAAUUUAUCUUGGCUGGUACAAGCCCAGCUUCUGGGAGGUGUUCAAGUAAAUCUAAAAUGCUACAGAAAUAUAAACCUUACUGGUGGGUGUCAGCCGCUGACAUCCAAAUUAUGUAUGGGCACUGCUCUGCCUUUUACGCACACUUCCAUUUCUUUGGUUAAUGAUUCCCAGACACUGGAUGACGUUUAUGAAAAAUUGAGGUUAUGGAGUGGUCUUCGGAAUGUGCCUCAGUGCUGGUCUGUGGUUCAGCCUUUUCUAUGCUCCGUUUAUCUUCCAAAAUGUAAUGACACCAUUGGAUUGGAACUUCCUAGCAAGGAAGUAUGUGAACGUACAAGAAAACCAUGCCAAAUUGUCCAAGAGAUUAACAAUGGCUGGCCAGAUUUUCUGCGCUGUGAUCACCCUAACUUUGUGUCUGGAUGUGGGCAAGAAACUUAUGAUAAAUUGCCUUUUAACACUACUGGCAAAUGUGAAAGCCCAUUAGUUCGCACAGAUGACCCAGGUAGCUGGUACAAUGAUGUGGAUGGGUGUGGUGUUCCGUGUGAUAACCCCUUGUACACAGCACAGCAGCAUAAUGAAGUUCACAUUUUUGUUGCAGUGUUUGGCUCCAUUUGUUUGGCAUGCACACUCUUCACUGUACUCACAUUUAUAAUUGACUGGAACAAUGCCAAUCGUUAUCCCGCCCUCAUUCUGUUCUUCAUCAAUGCUUGUUUUUUCCUGGGGAGCAUUGGUUGGAUGUCCCAGUUUGUAGGAGAUGCUAGGAGGGAUAUUGUUUGCAGAAAGGAUGGAACUGUGCGAAAAGGGGAGCCAAAGUCCAGUGAGAGCAUAUCCUGUACUGUUGUUUUCAUCAUUGUCUACUACUUCCUGGUUGCUGGUGUGUCCUGGUUUGUCAUGUUGGCGUAUGCCUGGUACCUGACCUUCACAGCCCUGGGGACACCUAGAGACACCCUGCAUUCCAAGACGGCCUACUUUCAUCUCAUCAGCUGGUGCCUGCCCCUUGUCCUUACAAUUAUAUGCCUGGCCAUAUCAGAGGUUGAUGGGGACUCUGUGAGUGGCAUUUGUUUUGUUGGAGGCUUCAACCAUGGCAUGAGAGCCUUGUUUGUCUUAGUGCCUGUUGGUCUGGUCAUUGUUGUUGGCACUUUCUUUCUGCUGAGAGGUGUUUUUACCUUGAUUAAAAUUAGGAAAGAAGCACCUGUAUUCAUCCCUGAGAAAACUUUCUCCAAAAUACGAGACACAAUACUAAGACUUGGUAUCUUCACAGCUGUGGCAUUAAUUUUUGUGUUCAUUACCUUUGCCGUCCAUGUUUACAUUUUUGCCAAUGAGGACAGGUGGAGGUCAAGCUUUAGAGAGUACAUGUACUGUGUAGCUAAUGUGUCAGUAUCAGCUGUACACACUGGGUCCCAGACACCCUGUGUUAUCAAAGAUAGACCCAGCCUAGUUGCAAUGGAGAUCCACAUUUUUGCAUUCUUUGGUGCAGGCAUUGCCAUGAGCUCUUGGUCAUGGACUAAGGCUUCUCUCUCAGCAUGGGAGAGGUUUUUCAGGUGGAUAUUUCACAAGCCUUCCAAUAAACCAGUCAAGCUAAAGAGACACAGAAUGAUUGCACAAGCUUUUGAGAAAAGGAAAGAAAUUAAUCAAGGGAGAGUAUCCAUUAGCUACAGAAGUUCCCAUGAUGACCCAUUGGGUAUGAAGUUUGAUCUAAACAGUGGCAGUGAUGACGAGCUGUCGUCCAAUUUUGCCAUGGCCAUGCCAAAGCUUGUCUGUAGAAGAGGUGGGCUGAUUUUCCCAGUGGCUGGGAUGGGUAGGAGGUACUCAGACUCAGAUGUCCAGUCAGUUAUAUCUACUCGAAGAGUGUCCAGGGAAUCACUGGUUGAGUUCAGAGAGAGACAGUUUUUCAUCAUAGAACGGGACGAACUGCCAAACAGGCGCGGGAAGAAAAAGAAGAAAAAGAAACGGGGCAAGCUAAACCGGAUAAAACCGGAGGUGGGGCCGAUGUUUUCUGGGUUCAGGUUUGGCAGCGGAAGGUUUGGUAAACCUAGAAAGGGCAGCGACUCUUCUGCAUUAAGUCAAAUGUCAGGACGCAGUGUUCGUGUUUCUAUGGAAAGAAACAGCAUUGAGACAAUCUCGCUGCAGUCUAACAUCCCUCCAGAUACAAUACUACCUGCAGUGACAAAAGUGGAGAAUAGAGGGGCAUCAAAAAACCCAAGAAUUACGCCAUAUUUGGAACUAGGCCCAGGGAAAAGGGAGACAAAUUUUUCAAUAUUUACUGCAAAAAACAAUAUCUACGCCGGGUCGGGUGUUGCAGCAAAGUUGAGAGAGAUAGGAGAAACCAGUAUAGAUUCCAGUAUGAAUCCAUCAUUGCCUGGCGCGCCAGAGGAAAGCGUGGUCUCCGUGAGUAAAUCCGAGAAAAGCUCUCCUCAAAAACAGCAGCAGUUAAAUCACCAACAGUAUUACCAGGGUCAGCCCCAGGAGGAGCAAGAUAAGGGAGAGAAGCCUGUUGAAGUGAAGGAACAGCAGUUAAAACAGCAGGAACCUAAACAGAAAAAACAAACAGCUUCGGCCUCGGUGUCUAAAAGUAAACACAAAACACAGAAGAUCACGGUUGAGACUCAUCAGGUCAGAGAAGGUGUGAUUCCGCUGCAUUCGCUGAUGGCUGAUAUUUCUGGUGGGAAUUGGGGGGUGCUUUUGGGGAAGAGCGGGUCAAGCUCCGGGUCUGAUGGGGGUGGUGGUGGUGCUAGUGCUUACAUGAGUGGGGGAAGUGCUUUCAUGGGAGGGAUGAACCCUUACAUGGCUGGUGCUUAUCCACCCAUCCCACACAUCAAUGGAAAUAAUCCAUAUGCUGGGAUGCAUUAUCCAGGUUUUCCUUACAUGGGUGGCAUGGGAGGUGCAAGCCCUUAUAUGGGAGUUCCCAGCAUGCAAAUGGGAGGAGCUAGACCUAAAGUGAGGGACCAAUGGGGACACUUUCCAUAUUAUCCAUCCAAUCAGAAAGCGUACAAUAAUUAUACUGGUAAGAACCAAGAGAGGAGAGUGUUAAGAGAGAGACAAAGAGAACGUGAAAUGCGCAGGCCGAAUCAAAGCUAUAUUAACUCUACAUUUGAUAUUGAAGAUGAUAUUGAAUCUAUUUCAGCAUAAAGUAAGAUAGCAUUUUUUGAUUGGUAAAAUGUGCCUAGUGUGGGCAGACUAUAGCUGAAAAAUUGUUUCAUAAUAACUCAGGAAAAUUAGUUUUAUUGUAAGGUUUUAAAGUUUACAAAGAAUUAUUAUGCUUUGUAGAAUUUGAGUAAUUUUAUUGAAAUUUGUGUUAAAACUAACCUCAGUAGUUAGCAAAUAUCCAGAUUUUGUUUCACAGGGUAAGAAAGUCAACUAUUAAAGGGAGCUAACUCUAAUUAACAGAGUUAUUGGGAGUUAGUCUUAAUUCUAGUCAAUGCAGACUUAACAGAAUUAUUGUUUUAUGGUUGUGGAUUGCUUGUAAAGAUUCUGUAUGUUCAAAAUAGGCUACCUAGCCACUAUUAUAUUUUAUUUACUGAUAUAUUAUACACACUGAUAUUAUCAGUGCUAUGCCAUUUACAAUUUCAUC